AUGGAGAGAUGCCCUGGCAAUGAGAUUAUGCAAGUACAAAUGUGGUUCAGUGCCAUUGCCCAAGACAAAAAAUCUUUCAACAAUCACCAAUGUUGGGAGGUGGUGAAAAAUGAGGUGGAUAUCAUCCAUUAUCUCCACGUUUUGGCUAGCAGUUGUCUCUUAAUAGGAGAGUCAGUUGUAAAGCAACUUGUAUAA